CUCUGUGCUUCUUUGACUUCUGGCUUACCUUGAUCCAUUAGAGAAGCUGUUUUUGAAGUCUCACCAGACUCUUUCUCGUCAAGACUCCAACGACAUCGGCAGUUUCGACAGCAAGGCAAGAUGAAGGUCGAAACUGAUACAUGGUCGCUCCGCAAGAUUUACCCUGGCAAGGGUAAGCUGUACGUCCGUGGCGACAGCAAGACCUUCCGCUUCGUCGGCUCCAAGUCGGAGUCGCUUUUCCACCAGCGCAAGAACCCGCGCAAGAUCGCGUGGACCGUCUUCUUCCGUCGCAUGCACAAGAAGGGUAUCACCGAGGAGGUUGCCAAGAAGCGGUCGAGGAAGACUGUCAAGCACCAGCGUGGUAUCGUCGGUGCUAGCUUGGACCAGAUUCAGGCCAGGAGGAACCAGAAGCCCGAGGUUAGGGCUGCCGCUAGGAACCAGGCUCUUGCCAAGAGCAAGGAGGAGAAGAAGGCACGGGCAGAGACUAGGAAGACUGAGAAGGCCAAGUCCGCCACCGCUCCUGGCCGUGCCAACCUCCCGAAGGUCAGCAAGGCAUCGAUGCGCGGUGCUGCCAAGGCACCCAGGGUGUAAUUUCGCAACCAUCAGCCGCUUCCCGCGUACGAUGACUGCUUUGUACUCUAUGCCGUGACCCAUGCCUCUGUACGCCACGCAAGAUGAUACAGGAU